AUGUUCGGAAAUCAACUAGACCACGAUCGAUUGUUAUACACCUGGACAUCAAAGUUGUCGUACGGAACCUCGCUGCGAGCCCGGGACCUCCCGAAUCCAUUGACCCUGCAUGAGACGUCGGAAUUCAAGACCUUAACCCAUACCUGGUCCAACUACAGCUACGCAUUUACGGUGACGUCGGAAUAUUACUAUAAAAGUCGCUUCCUGACCGUCACUGUGCUGAAGUUCAAAAACGGGCAGCUUUGGCUGGACAUUGGCGAGCAGAACGUGCUUGAACCGGGUAAAAAUAGCUACGUCUUCGACAACACCUCCACGGCGGUCUACUGCGCAGCUGGCGUGGAUGAUAUUUGGCUUACUUUUCUGCCUUUUCUGCAUGCCCAUGGUAAGGCGAUGGUUCGGCUGGAGAUGUGGCAUGAAGAUCCUGGUAUCGACUGCGUGCCUCUGGUUGACACCUGGACUUCUUCCGAAGCCUAUGGGGUCUCGUUAAUCGUUGCUGAUAUCACACCUCCAAUCACCAUUUCCGAAUUGGUACAAUUUACCAAACUGGCUGACAAAUAUUUACACUAUGUCUAUGUGUUGACAGUGCUUUCUGAUGCUUUUUUUAAAGUACCACCUGACCUCAUUGCCCACGUGGUGCUCUACCACCCACCGCAAUCGUUUACCAAAAUCGGGGCCGAGACAAUACACACUUUUGUAACGCCACCUCGUGGAAACCGAGUGUCCUUCACCGAGAUUAGGCCGUUGGGCGGGGAUACGAAUGAGGAUGACUGCGUGUUUUAUGGUUAUCUCGGAUCGAUCGAGGAUGCGUUGGACUCGAAACGAUUUGUGGAUAAAUUCACAUGUGACGGCCGUACGAUGAUCCCUGAACUAUUGUGGAGCUACACCAUCGCGACUCUUCGCUUCGGCAAGGCCACCUUCGACAUCACGUGCACGACCAAGCCGUUUCACUUCAAUUAUCUGUUACUAAGGACGACGUGGAUCCCCUCGGUUGUGAGCGCCAGGUUGCGGACCCGGCUCGAGUGGCACCGUCAGGCUGAUCCGAUGCGAAGAUGUACAGAAAUCAUCCCAAGACCGUCGACUACCGGUGUUAUUAUGAGCACGACACCUGGCGUCGUUCGCUCUUCUGGGAUUGGUGCAAACUUCCGGUUGGUCGGCAUUAUCGUUAGCAGCGUACUGGGGACAAUAUGUCUUCUAGUCGGCCUCAUUUUGCUCAUUAGAUGGCGAAGGAAGCGGCUCAUCGAAUUCGAGCAGGGCAUCGCUCGCCAAAUAGCGCGACUUCUGGAAAAGCACGACCCUCGCUGGUAUCUUGGG